UAAAAAGAAAACGACUAAACCAUUUGAAUGUCAGCAAAAUUGGACCGCUUAAGAUAUUAAAUUUGCCUUGCACGCUUAUUUCCACGUACGAAUCCUUUAGCUACUUCCAAGCGAUGCACUCUCUCAGUGGGUUUGUCAGGCUUCCCUCGCUGCUUGAAGGUGGUUCUGAGAAGUCGCACAAAACAUAUUGUCAGAACUGCAAUAUCAAGUUGGACACGCCGGAGCAAUAUUUCCAGCACGUGCACAAUAAGAAUCACAAAAUGAGGAUGAAGCGCCUCCCCAGCCAUGGUAACGGUCACUCAUCGUCUGACACGGAAGGAAGGAAAGAUUGCGACCACGUGGCGGCGGUGGCUGAAAGUGCGCAAAGUCUGACGCUGGAGAAGGGGAUAUUCCAGCAACUGGACAAGCGCUCCGUGCCAGGUGCAUCCAUGAUGAUGUUUUGGCACAGCUCGGAGGCCGCAUCCAAAGCCGUUUGCGUCUGUUGUGCUUGCCAGGAUGCUUUUCCGGCGUCGUUACUGAUAAAACACUUGGAUUCGCACGGGCACCUCCUGCAAACUCUGUUGCAUCUAAAUCCCUGGCGGCUGCCGUUUGGUUGGCGACAAGUUCCGGAAAGGAAAUCGUUGCAGUCAGAGUUGGAGGCGGAGGAGAAGAAAAGAGGGUGGUGUCAGGUGGUUCUGAAGGUGAUGGAUUUUCCCUGCUCAGUGUUUCAAGAUCUCAAUCCACCAAAUUACCAGAAAGUGCUACUGUGCCAAAACUUCAGCCGACACCACAAACAUGGGACUUACCCACUUUUGGGGCGAAAUUUUAUUGUGUCGCACGAGGCCCACGACGCGGCCUGCAACUCCACCUACGAUUCGUUGCUGUGUCUGCUGUGUGGAAGGCGGCUGACGGAGCAAGAGGGUCACGCGCACGCUUUCAGCUGGGAACACGUCACCAUGUUUCUCGACCGUUUCCAUCCUGGCUCGCUGAUGGCCAAUUGCGGGACAAAGAUUUUACUGGAUCUUGCAAGCCAGGCCGCACGUAUUCACAGAAUAUCGGAUAUACAGAAAAUCAAGUUGGAUCGGCCCAUCAGGGAACCUUGCAACUACGCCAGAGUGAAAUUAAUCCUGAGUGCAGCACUGAGGAGGACGAGCAAGGGUCCGCUUAUACCCCUCUUCCUAUCACACGCACGGUUGGUCCCCAAAGGAACAUCAUUGACCUCUGAGUACAGCGUGACGCGCAAAAUGACGCCGCCCCCUUCAAAGAUCCCCAGCAGAAAUCCCACUGACGGUAAUGGGACCUCGGGACCCCAAAAGACUGUGAAUCAGACAGGACUCCGAAUUAGCGGCCAUGUUUUGACAUCCGCAAAAGAGGAAGGUGAGCGAAAGAGGUCGAUGGAUGCUCACGAUGACAAGGUUGGCUGUAAAAGACAACGAAGGGGCUCCAGAGAAAUAACACGUGAAGAAAAGCCAAAGCUAAAAUAUGAGAAUUCGGACCAAAAGCAGACUGAGACCACCUACGAAACAAAUCCAGACAAGGCUGCAGUACCUAUGGCCGCCUGCACUGAUACCACCUCCCAAAUCACUGCAUUCAAGUCCACAACAUCGACCACCACUUAUACUUCAAAGGUCAAGACAGCGACGACAACCACCUCAAGUGCAAAUGGAACCGUGCAUACCUACUCCUGCGCUCCAAAACUCGUAGCCCCUACUUCCACUUUCACGAAAUCCUGCGGUGUUACGGCAACCUCCUUGAAUCCACCUCCAACCACAGCAAAGUCCAUUGCGCCCUCUGCCAGUAGCUGCCAAUCCUGUAGAGAUACAGCAACAUAUUCCACUGCGACUUCAGCAGUGUACUCCGGUGCGAUUGCAACCACCGGAAAGUCCACUGCAGCAGCUGUUACUAGUUUUAUUCCAACAUCCUCUGGAGUUGCGGCAAAGUCCACAAGACUGAGCAGCAUCCAGGCUCUUCCGAUUUCUACGGUGACUGCACCUUCAAAUCCAACCGCAGCCGUCAAAUGUGCAACCGCGGCCAAGCACCCGGGAGUGACCGCCAUCCAUGCCGCAACCACCACUAAACCCACGGCAUCGAAUACCGUUCAAGGCGCGUCAACCUCUACUUUUAGUGCAUCUGUGACGACUUCCAGGCCCUGUGCAUCAGGCGCUCGCUGUGCCGUCUCGACCUCCAAGUUAAUAGCAUCUGACUCCAGCCUCAAAUCUUCAUUCAGCAUGUCAGGAUUAGGCCACAAAGAACCUGAAGUUGGAUCCGGUAGAGAAACUGUGCGACACUCUCAUUUGGCAGCCGUAAAAAAAAACGCAGCGUUUAAAUCGUCGGUCCGGUCUCAAGCCCCAGGAGCGACUCCAGCGGUUAGAUCCAGAAAAUCUCUGGUCUCUUCCAAGAAAAUGAAGAACAACAACACCGGGGGAUCCCUUGCUGAUCCAGAACCACAGUUCUGCAAGUGCUGCCCUUGUCCUGCCGUCCACGCAACCUCAUCAGCCAAUCGACCGCAUAGCAAAUCGAAGGCGACCGUUCCAAAAGUCGGCCUCGGCUUUAUAGUUGCAGUUAACAGCGAUGGAAGGAAGCAGUCCUAUUGCACUCUGUGCCACGUCAGAUUGGGUCGCUCAAGUCACCCUACGGAAAACAUUCACAUGCACAACUACAUGAAACGGAGGUUCCCAGAGCUGAACGACGAGAACUUGGCAAGCAUCAACCAAGAGAAGUUUGCAUUCAACAUGGCUGAGGUCGAGAAGUGUCUGGGACUUCGGAAGAUCCAGACAAUAGCGGUGACCAACGACAAGUACAAUGAGCUGUCUAGUCUCCCAGAGGCCCAAGCUUUACAGAGAUUGGAGGCUCAAUUCCAGGUCUCAUCCAACGCUUUGGUGCCUGUAGAACAACAGAUUUAUUUUGCCUCCUCGCAAGGAGCUUCAAGCCCGGAAGAUGAUGAUGCCCUUGUUGGCACUGCUGCUGAGCCGGAAGCCACUGUUCAAAGCAUCCAUGGAUUCCGAUGUGGCGAAGAGAUUUGUGAGAACCACGAUUUUGAUGAUCCCGAUUUAAAGUUAGCCGAGAAGUAUCCGGAAGAUUUUGAGCCCUCAACUUCAGUUUUAUUCAGCGCAGAAUCACAAACUGAUCUAUGUUUAAAGGAUACUGAAAGGAAUUUGCAAGGCUCUGAGCCCGCAUCAUCACUAUUGGUGGAACCAGAGCCAAUGAUUGGUGAUCCAGGCUUUAUGGACAUUGAAGAGAAUCUGUCUGACUUGACCGAGCCCUCAGCAUCAGUGUUGUUGGGACCUGACCCAAAGAUUGGUGAUGCGGAUGCAAAGGAGACUGAGAAGAAUCUGUCUGACUGCGGCAAGCCCACACCACCAACCCCUUUGGUCCUAGAUCCUCCGAUUGGUGAUUGUGACUUGAAGGCUGUCAAGAAGACUCCAGAAGGCUCAGAUGGGCCCUCACCUCCAGAGCUAUCGGGAGCGGAACACCCACACAUUGGUAAUCCAGGCAUGUGUGAGGAUCUGGAAGGAUCUAAUGGAUCAGGACCACUAAAUUCAAUUGCAAAACGCAAGGAUGGCAAUGUUGCACAGGCACUCCUUCUUUCAGGAAAUGAAAGUAACUUGACUAUGUUUUUGUGGGUGAGGGGACUGUUCGACCAGCCAAUCUUAGGUCUAGCAUCUGUGUACGAGUGCCGUGGGGUGUCUGAAAAUUCGUUCUACUUGUGUGAGAGCUGUAGCCAGAAAUUCACUGUCGGUGACAUCUGCCGGCACGUGGUUAGCGUAAAGCAUCAGCUCACGUACAUGCUGAAGGCCUAUCCUCAUUUGAUGAAUUCAUUUUGGUAUGAGGACGACCUACGAGAGGAAAUGAAACUCACCAUCUUCAACCACAUGGCGGUUGAAGUCGCUGCCCGGGAGCGAUCCAAGAAGAUGGACGCAAAGGUUUUAGUCCUCUUUCAAGGCUUGUACGAGUCAGUUUGGAAAGCUCCGGUCAGAGAAGCUCUCAACAUGCUGCGGAGCGCCACAUGUCAGUCUGUCGUCACAUCACAACAAACUGCAACCCAGACGUCUGAGAAGCGGAGCGGACAGAACAUGGAUUUGUGUGUGGACUCGAAUGCCGACUCUGUUUCUUGCUCCUCUUCAGAUAGCGUGUUCCUCACUCUGCAAGGCACCCGCAGAAAUUCUCAUAGUCCGCCAGAACUGACCGUUUCCAGUCCCGUCUCUCUGGUGCCACCUGUCAACCAAGUGAAAGAGGAGGUGAUGCAGUCAAAAUGCAGGCCUCCUGAAAAGUUGGGUUCGCUCACCAAACCUCCUCCUGUUUUUCAAGUGAAGAACGAACCGAUGCUCACAGAGUCCAAACCCCCUGUAAGACUCUGUCCUAUCGGUAAGAAGCAACCUGGUUUACAAGUGAAGGCUGAGCUGAAGCAAAGUAGUGGCCCCGUUUCUGAGCAGCAGCCUAGUUUUCAAGUGAAGGCUGAACUGACGGCACCAGAGUCCGGAUUUCUUGAAACCUCUGGUCUGAUUUUUGAAGAGCAACGUAGGAAACAACCGAAGGCUGAACGAAUGCGACAAGUGUCCAGAUCUCCUGAAAGUGCAGGUCUUGUUUCUGUGGGGCAGAGUUGUAUUAAGGUGAAGUCUGAAGUAAUCCCAAAAGACGAUGGAUCUCCGAAAACUACUGGUGUAGUUUCUGGAGCCUGGCCGGGUUAUCAAAUCAACACUGAACCACUUGUUAAGGAACGUAGCUUUCCUCUACCAACUGCCUCUUUGUUGACAAUGCCGCAGCUUUGUCAGGUCAAAGAUAAAAUGUCUCUCUCUUCUUGCGGAUCCUCUUCAACUCCCAUUCCAAGAUCGAAACCGGCGCCUAGUUCUAAAGUGAAAGAUGACCCCGAGCUCUCAGAGUGCAAACCCCUUUUAGCUACUCCUCUAGCCACCAAGCUGCAUUCUAGUUUUCUGGUAAAAGGAGGGGCAUGCUCCGAAGACGUUGCUGCGCCUGAAACUAUGGGCCCAACAAUUCCUCAAUAUAAAUUCCUUCACACCAGGAAAAGAGAAGCUCUUGAGUCUCUGGGUGAACUAAUCAGGAUUUGCACCAGUAAAACCAAUCUGUGAUCCUCCACCUGUCAAAUGCAGACAGAAGACGGUGGAAGCAAAGGCCUCUAUUGUCAAUCCUCCAAUGAUUCCAGGAGAUGCGGGUAAUGGGGGGGGCCGAGGUCUGUGGUAGAAAAAGCAGAGUUCUCAGACAUCCCCUCCCACGGCAGCUGACGGAAUUGCCGCCAUCACCAGUAACCCAGCCCGUAGUGUGUCACUUUUCUGUGCCAGCCCGUCACCACAAUUGAUGUGAUGGAGUAAAAUUGGGAACAAAUGAUUCUAGUGUGAUUUAUUAUGUUGUUUUUUUUUUUUAAACUUUUCUUUUGAUGGCGGCGCGGACCCCCGCAGCGGCUCCUGUUUUAUGUUGAGAGGGAAGAAAUUUCAUCUGUGCUGUAUGUUACACAUACAUCACAUUUGACAAUAAAUUUGUAGCCAAUCCAAUUUGUUUUUUUUUUUUAGUGAAAGGAUUAUCAAAAAUGUUGUUUGCUGUGCGAGUGUUACUGUGUAAAGAGUCAAAAGCAGGAGAACCGAAACAUGCUCAACUCUACUUGGCCUCAAGUGAUCUGCAGUCAGCAGACGGAUACUAUAAGCAAACCCACCAGAGUUGUUAUAAUUCUGAUUGGCUGUGGCUUUCUUCGUUAGCUAGAUUUUAAUGGUAUCUAUAAUUACUCCAUAACUUGGUUUGUAGAUUAUAAUGAUAUCACAGUGAAGGAAUAAUUCAUUUUAUGCUUUUGCUUAUGUUAACCACGCUUUAUUGCUCUUUAUUCAGUGUGUAAGAAUAUAACAGGCAUGUUCUCUCAGUUCUUCAUCUCAGGGAGUAACGCACAUAAUGGCAGUUCUUUAUCUCAGUGAAAAAACACCAAGGGAGCGACGCACAUAACGGCAGUUCUUUAUCUCAGGGAGCGAUGCACAUAACGGCAGUUCUUUAUCUCAGUGAAAAACACCAAGGGAGUGACAUAACGGCCGUCUAUGCGGGCCACUGCUGCACGGGCAGUUGCGGGAAAACACCAAGAAGACCGGACUCCAGAAUGCGUGGACCAAUCAGCGUUAGUCUAGGCUCAUGAAUAAACAAUGAUCUGUUGUAAUAUAUUCUGUCUGUCCUCCUGAGGGUGACGAGUCUGUCCAGUGGCGGUGCAGCUU